CUUCCUGACGGACAGACGCUGCUGCUGCCUAAAGUGGUGACUGCCCAGUUUGGCUCUGAUGUAAACAAACACACAGUGUGUGUGUAUGGUCAUGUGGACGUCCAGCCAGCUAAGCUAGAUGACGGCUGGGCAACGGAUCCCUACAACCUGACUGACAUCAACGGUCAUCUUUAUGGAAGAGGAGCAUCAGACAACAAGGCCCCAGUGUUAGCCUGGAUCCAUGCAGUGGGGGCUUAUCAGGCCCUCAAUAUGGAGCUGCCAGUGAAUGUGAAGUUUGUCAUUGAGGGUAUGGAGGAGACGGGGUCUAACGGCCUGGACGCCAUGAUUCUGGCUCAGAGAGACACCUUCUUCUCUGACGUGGAUUACAUCAUCAUCUCAGACUGCGGCUGGCUCAGCCGGCGGCCCGCCCUCACCUACGGCACCAGGGGGAACUGCUACUUCUUUGCUGAGGUUGAAGGACCUAAACAGGACUUACAUUCGGGUGUUUAUGGAGGCACUGUGAUUGAACCAAUGACUGACCUCAUUGGCAUUCUUGACACACUGAUCAGUCCCAGUGGAAAGAUCCUGAUUCCUGGGAUCAGGGAGGCUGUGGCUCCCCUUUCUGAUGAGGAAUGGAAAAUGUAUCAGGACAUCCAGUUUGACGUUGAGGACUACAAGAACAAGAUCGGUGUCAGCCAGCUCAUGUACAGCAAUAAG